CUUCCUGUAACUCAGCCGGCAUGAGUGUUUCUGGGUGAAACAUUCUGAGUGUGUCUGCUGGGUGCUGUGAGAGGAGCUCGGCAAGCUCAGAACUCCAGACAUGGAUGUAGUGACCUAUGAUGACGUGCAUGUGAACUUCACUCUGGAAGAGUGGGCUUUGCUGGAUCCUUCUCAGAAGAGUCUCUACAAAGAUGUGAUGUUGGAGACCUAUAGGAAUCUCACAGCUAUAGGCCACGUUUUAGAAGAUCGUACUAUUGGUGAACAUUUUCCAGGUUCUAGAAGACAUGGAAGGCAUGAAAGAAGUUGUUUUGGAGAGCAACCCUCUGAGACUGUUCAAUGUGCUAAAGCUUUUGUAUAUCAGAGUCAUACUCAAAGGCAUGAAAGAACUCAUAAUGGACAGCAACCCUAUGAAUGUAACCAAUGUGGUAAAGCCUUUGCACAAAGCAGUGUUCUCCGAUGUCAUAAAAGAACACAUACAGGAGAAAAACCGUAUGAAUGUAACCAAUGUGGUAAAGCCUUUGCACAAAGCAGUGCUCUCCAAUGUCAUAAAAGAACACAUACAGGAGAAAAACCCUAUGAAUGUAAUCAAUGUGGUAAAGCCUUUGCACAAAGCAGUGCUCUCCAAUGUCAUAAAAGAACACAUACAGGGGAGAAACCCUAUGAAUGUAACCAAUGUGGUAAAGCCUUUGCACACAGCAGUGGUCUAAAAUAUCAUAAAAGAACACAUACAGGAGAGAAACCCUAUGAAUGUAACCAGUGUGGUAAAGCCUUUGCACGAAGCAGUGUUCUCGAGUAUCAUAAAAGCACACAUACAGGAGAGAAACACUAUGAAUGUAACUAUUGUGGUAAAGCCAUUGCAGGAAAGAGUAAACUCCAAGUACAUAAGCGAACACAUAUAGGGCAGAAGCUCUAUGAAUGUAACCAAUGUGGUAAAGCCUUUGCUGGAAGCAGUGGUCUCCAUUAUCAUAAAAGAACACAUACAGGGGAGAAACACUAUGAAUGUAACCAAUGUGGUAAAGCCUUUGCUGCAAGCAGUGGUCUCAAAUAUCAUAAAAGAACACAUACAGGAGAGAAACCCUAUGAAUGUAACCAGUGUGGUAAAGCCUUUGCACGAAGCAGUGUUCUCGAGUAUCAUAAAAGAACACAUACAGGAGAGAAACACUAUGAAUGUAACCAAUGUGGUAAAGCCUUUGCUGGAAGCAGUGGUCUCGAUUAUCAUAAAAGAACACAUACAGGGGAGAAACCCUAUGAAUGUAACCAAUGUGGUAAAGCCUUUGCACAUAACACUGUUCUCCAACGUCAUAAAAGAAUACAUACAGGGGAAAAACCAUAUUAA